AUGAAAACUAGUAUCAGAAACCACUUGAUUUCCCUGUCUGUGCUACUCUUGUUAUCUUACACUGCUUGUACUCUCAAGGCUGUUGAGAUUUUGUUACCAGGCCAAUCUCUCAAUGCGGACCAGAAGAUCACCUCUCCUGGUGGCAUUUUUGAACUUGGUUUCUUCACACCAGGUAACUCUCAACACUAUUACAUAGGCAUCUGGUACAAAAAUCUACCCCAACAGACAGUUGUUUGGGUGGCAAACCGACACCAACCAAUUAUUGAUCCAACUUCCUCGUCCCUUGUGCUCCUUGAAAAUGGAAACUUGACCUUAAACAGCCCCUCAACCGUGGCAAUAUGGUCCGCGAAUUCAACGCCACAAGCUACAAAUUCUACAAUAGCCAUGCUUCUGGACAAUGGCAACUUUGUCAUAAGAGAUGCAUCUUCAGUACUAUGGCAGAGUUUUGAUCAUCCAACUGAUACUUGGCUGCCAGGUGCGAGGCUUGGAUUUAACAAGCUCACGAAGAAAAUCCAAAGUGUUACUCCCUGGAGAAACCCACAAUAUCCAGCACCUGGUCCCUUUUCUUUUGAGCUAGAACAAUCACGUCUUCGGCUAUUAUGGAAUAGUUCUGAAACAUACUGGACUAGCGGUGAUUGGACAGGGAAAACUUUCAGCCACAUUCAAAACAUAGAAGAAAAGUAUGUUCCCUCAAUUUUCUCAUUUGUUGUAAAUGAGACUGGAAGCUACCUUACUUAUGCAGUUCGUGCUUCUGCCUAUCCUGAUACCUUUGAGCAUACCUUUAUUAGGUACAUGAUAGAAACCACUGGUCAAAUAAAGUUCUUUGUCUUGGAGAAGGGCACCCUGCAAUGGAACUUGCUAUGGAUGCAACCAACCAAACAAUGUGAUGUUUAUGCUUCCUGUGGUGCUUUUAGUAUAUGCAACCCGCUUAAUCUUCCUCGGUGCGGCUGUCUGAAAGGAUUCAGACCCAAAUUUCCUAAAGACUGGGAAUUAGAAGAUCACUCAAAUGGCUGUGGGAGAAAGACGUCUUUCCAUUGCAGUGAUGAAGGAAAUUCCGCAUUCCUGGUGAUGAAGAAUGUUACUUACCCGAAGAGUCCGGACUCAUUGGCAGUUGAUAACAUCGGAAAAUGUAGAUUAGCUUGCUUGAGAAAUUGCUCGUGCACUGCUUUUGCUUAUGAUAGUCAGUGUCUGAUUUGGGGGGGGGAUCUGUUUAAUGUAACGCAACUAUCAUCUGAGGGAAUGAUAGGAAAAGUUUGGUAUCUACGAGUAGCAGCAUCUGAGAAGAGAAUGACUACUUGGAUUGUGGUUGGGGUACUUGCAGGCAUCUUUACUCUCUUUAGCAUUGCGCUGGUAGUUGUCAGACGGAGAAAGUCUACUGGAGCUUUGGAGUCUUUUGAGCAGUCUCUAGUGCUCUUCAACUACAGAGAUUUAAGAAAAGCAACAGAAAACUUCUCAGAGAAAAUUGGAGAAGGAGCUUUCGGUUCUGUUUUUAAGGGAAUAUUGCGUGACUCAACUCCCAUUGCAGUGAAACAACUAAAGAGUCUGUGGCAUGUUGAAAAGCAAUUUCAGGCUGAAGUGAGAACUCUUGGUACAAUCCAGCACAUUAAUCUUCUUCGCCUCCGUGGGUUUUGUGCAGAAUAUACAAGAAGACUCUUGGUUUAUGACUACGUGGCAAAUGGCUCUCUACAAUCUGUUCUAUUUCAAAAGCAUCCACUAAUCUUAGAUUGGAAAGCAAGAUAUCAUAUAGCCAUAGGCAUUGCAAGAGGAUUGGCUUACCUCCAUGAGGACUGUAGAGAUUGUAUAAUACACUGUGACAUUAAGCCAGAGAACAUUUUGUUGGAUGAAGAAUAUAGUCCAAAAGUUGCAGAUUUUGGUCUUGCGAAACUGAUUGGCAGACACCAUAGUCGAGUUCUGACAACUGUGAGAGGAACUGUUGGAUAUCUAGCACCAGAGUGGUUUACAGGUGAAGCCAUCACACCAAAAGCCGAUGUGUUCAGCUAUGGAAAGUUGCUCUUUGAGGUUAUAUCUGGAAGGAGAAACACUGAAGGGUUAGAUGAUGGAUUAGAGAACUACAUUCCUAACCGGAUUGCAAAUGUAGUUACUAGAGGACAAGAUGUUCUUACCUUGGUUGAUUACAGGUUGGAAGGUAAUGCUGACAAAGAUGAACUCAUUAGAGCAUGCAAAGUUGCAUGUUGGUGUAUUCAAGAUGAGGAGAAGGAUAGGCCAACAAUGAGGCGGGUUGUUCAAAUUCUCGAAGGAGCUUUAGAUGUUGGGAUACCCCCGAUCCCACAAUUUCUCCAGUUCCUUCCCGGAAGUUCUAUGGAAGCAAUCAAUUGCCAACAGCCUACUUCAAGUUCAGAAAUCAUAUUCCUCAGCAGUUCAGCUGAUGAGUGGCUCUGAAGCUUAGCAACCGGUCAAUGGAAAACUAAAAAGGAUCCGGAACAAAAAUCAGUAAUCUCUUCUUGUUGUUUGGAUUAGG